AUGAAAUGAAAUGCCCCUGUCAAACUUCUACGAAAUUGAGUGGCAAUUGCAGCCUUGCAGAAUCAUAGCCGACCAGCAAAUUGCCUGUUCUUGCGCUGUCAUCCAUUGGGAAACCACACCUUGCUCCUUCCCAGAACCCCUUCUCUCCCUCUCUUAUAUAUUAUUCCCUUUCUCCUUUUCCCAAUCCAUCGCAAACCAUAUCCAAAUCUCUUUGUCAACAGUCUCACCUGUCUCUAAUAUCUCAAAGAAACUAUUUCUGGGUCUCUGAAAAUGGCAGGAACUGGAAAGGGGGCUGUUUUCGAGGAUCUGCUGCCUUUGAUGGCUGACAAACUGGGUGGUGAGGGGCUGAUGAAGGAGCUUUGUAAUGGGUUUCAAUUGCUGAUGGACAGGGACAAGGGGGUGAUCACUUUAGACAGCCUCAGGAGGAACUCCAAGCUUCUCGGUUUGCAAGACUUGAAGGAUGACGAGCUUGAGAGCAUGAUGAAGGAGGGCGAUUUUGACGGUGAUGGCGCUUUGAAUCAGAUGGAGUUCUGUGUCUUAAUGUUCAGACUGAGCCCUGAGUUGAUGGAGGAGUCUUGGUUCUUGCUUGAGGAGGCCAUGGAAGUGGAUCUCAAGAACAAUAACGCUAGAUAUUGAUCAAGAAUUGAUAUGGCCAAGGCAGCAUUUUGCCGAUAGAGACCUGAUCAAAUAACACCGAUUUCAUAUCAUUUCUUUUGGAAGAAAUAGAUUGUAUCUUUUUUUCUUCCUAAUUGCUUUGUUUCUUGUAAAACAAUGGCUUGGCAUAUUGUUCCCUUAAUUUCUGACUUUACCGUGGUUUUCAUUUUCUUCA